AGGCGGCAGCGCCCGGCUCCUGCCCCGACAGGUGCGCGCCGCGCGCAGGAAUGCGGCCGGCCUGACUCACCAGCGACUCCUUCCUACCUGCCGCCCGCCCCCAUAAAGCGGUCCCCUCCCCGCCGCCCGCCCUCCCUGCAGCCCGCCCUCCGGACCGUCCCGGCUCGCCCGCGCGCCGCAUCCGGAGCCGCCGAGCAGAGCCCGGCGCGGGGAGGGCGCGAGUCCGCCCCAAGGAGGAAGAGGAUGGCAGGGCGGCAUCCCAGCCCGUGGACCAGGCUUCUGCUGGCAGCUCUGCUGAGCAUCGGCUUCCCCGGGGACAUGGCGAACCGCUGUAAGAAGGCCCAGGUGAAGAGCUGCACCGAGUGCAUCCGUGUGGACAAGGACUGCGCCUACUGCACGGAUGAGAUGUUCAAGGAACGGCGCUGCAACACCCAGGCAGAGCUGCUGGCUGCGGGCUGCCGGCAGGAGAGCGUGGUGGUCAUGGAGAGCACCUUCGAGAUCACAGAGGAGACCCAGAUCGACACCACCCUGCGACGCAGCCAGGUGUCCCCCCAGGGGCUGCGGGUGCGGCUGCGGCCGGGCGAGGAGAGGCACUUUGAGCUGCAGGUGUUCGAGCCCCUGGAGAGCCCCAUGGACCUGUACAUCCUCAUGGACUUCUCCAACUCCAUGUCCGACGAUCUGGACAACCUCAAGAAGAUGGGGCAGGAUCUGGCCCAGGUCCUGAGGCAGCUCACCAGCGACUACACGAUUGGAUUUGGCAAGUUCGUGGACAAAGUCAGCGUCCCUCAGACAGACAUGAGGCCCGAGAAGCUGAAGGAGCCCUGGCCCAACAGUGACCCCCCCUUCUCCUUCAAGAACGUCAUCAGCCUGACGGAAGAUGUGGAGGAGUUCCGGAAUAAGCUAAAGGGAGAGCGGAUCUCAGGCAACCUGGAUGCCCCCGAAGGAGGUUUUGAUGCCAUCCUGCAGACGGCCGUGUGCACCAGGGACAUCGGCUGGCGCCCCGACAGCACCCACUUGCUGGUGUUCUCCACUGAGUCGGCCUUCCACUACGAGGCCGACGGUGCCAACGUGCUGGCCGGCAUCAUGAGGCGCAACGACGAGGAGUGCCACCUGGACACCACGGGCACCUACACCCAGUACAAGGUGCAGGACUACCCGUCGGUGCCCACCCUGGUGCGCCUGCUUGGCCGACACAACAUCAUCCCCAUCUUCGCCGUCACCAACUACUCCUAUAGCUACUACGAGAAGCUGUCCUCGUAUUUCCCUGUCUCUUCGCUGGGGGUGCUGCAGGAGGACUCGUCCAACAUCGUGGACCUGCUGCAGGAUGCCUUCAACCGCAUCCGCUCCAACCUGGACAUCCGGGCCCUGGAAAGCCCCCGAGGCCUGCGGACAGAGGUCACCUCCAGGAUGUUCCAGAAGACGAACACUGGGUCUUUCCUCAUCCGGCGGGGGGAAGUGGGUUCAUACCAAGUGCAGCUGCGGGCUAUCGAGGACUUGGGCGGGACUCAUGUGUGCCAGCUGCCGGAAGCGGACCAGAGGGGGAACAUCCAUCUGAAGCCCUCCUUCUCCGAUGGCCUCAAGAUGGACGUGGACAUCAUCUGUGACACGUGUUCCUGUGAGCUGCAAAAAGAAGUGCGGUCAUCUCGCUGCAGCUUCAACGGGGACUUCAUGUGCGGACACUGUGUGUGCAAUGAGGGCUGGAGCGGCAAGACCUGUAACUGCUCCACCGGCUCCCUGAGCGACCUGGAGCCCUGCCGGCGGGAGGGCGAGGACAAGCUGUGCUCGGGGCAGGGCGAGUGCCAGUGCGGCCACUGCGUGUGCUAUGGCGAAGGCCGCUACGAGGGCCAGUUCUGCGAAUACGACAACUUCCAGUGCCCACGCACCUCCGGGUUCCUCUGUAACGACCGGGGACGCUGCUCCAUGGGCCAGUGUGUGUGUGAGCCUGGCUGGACAGGCUUGAGCUGUGACUGUCCUCUCAGCAAUGCAACCUGCAUUGACAGCAAUGGGGGUAUCUGCAAUGGGCGUGGCUACUGCGAGUGUGGCCGCUGCCACUGCAACCAACAGUCGCUCUACACAGACACCAUCUGCGAAAUCAACUACUCAGCGAUCCACCUGGGCCUCUGUGAGGACCUGCGCUCCUGCGUGCAGUGCCAGGCGUGGGGCACCGGUGAAAAGAAGGGGCACACGUGCGAGGAGUGCAGCUUCAAGGUCAAGAUGGUGGAUGAGCUUAAGAAAGCGGAGGAGGUGGUGGAGUACUGCUCCUUCCGGGACGAGGACGACGACUGCACCUACAGUUACACCGUGGAGGGUGAUGGCGCCCCGGGGCCCAACAGCACCGUCCUGGUGCACAGGAGGAAGGACUGCCCUCCCGGCAGCUUCUGGUGGCUCAUCCCGCUGCUUAUCUUCCUCCUGCUGUUCCCGGCGCUGCUGCUGCUGCUCUGCUGGAAGUACUGUGCCUGCUGCAAGGCCUGCCUGGCCCUUCUCCCUUGCUGCAACCGAGGUCACAUGGUGGGCUUCAAGGAAGACCACUACAUGCUGCGGGAGAACCUGAUGGCCUCGGACCACCUGGACACGCCCAUGCUGCGCAGCGGGAACCUCAAGGGGCGCGACACGGUCCGCUGGAAGAUCACCAACAACGUGCAGCGGCCUGGCUUUGCCUCGCAUGCCGCAGGCAUCAACCCCACGGAGCUGGUGCCCUACGGGCUGUCCCUGCGCCUCGCCCGCCUCUGCACCGAGAACCUACUGAGGCCUGGCACCCGAGAAUGUGACCAGCUGCGCCAGGAAGUAGAGGAGAACCUGAAUGAGGUGUACAGACAAAUCACAGGCGCACACAAGCUCCAGCAGACCAAGUUCCGGCAGCAGCCUAACGCCGGGAAAAAGCAGGACCACACCAUUGUGGACACGGUGCUGAUGGCGCCCCGAUCGGCCAAGCAGGCCCUGCUGAAGCUGACAGAGAAGCACGUGGAGCAGGGGGCCUUCCAUGAGCUCAAGGUGGCCCCUGGCUACUACACCCUCACUGCAGACCAGGACGCCCGGGGCAUGGUGGAAUUCCAGGAGGGCGUGGAGCUGGUGGAUGUGCGAGUGCCUCUCUUCAUCCGGCCUGAGGACGACGACGAGAAGCAGCUGCUGGUGGAGGCCAUCGACGUGCCUGUGGGCACUGCUACCCUCGGCCGCCGCCUGGUCAACAUCACCAUCAUCAAGGAGCAAGCCAGCGGGAUCGUGUCCUUCGAGCAGCCCGAGUACUUGGUCAGCGGCGGGGAGCACGUGGCCCGCAUCCCCGUCGUGAGGCGCAUCCUGGACAACGGCAAGUCCCAGGUCUCCUACCGCACGCAGGACAACACAGCGCAGGGCAACCGGGACUACAUCCCCGCAGAGGGCGAACUGCUGUUCCAACCUGGGGAGACCUGGAAGGAGCUGCAGGUGAAGCUCCUGGAGCAGCAGGAGAUGGACUCCCUCCUGCAGGGCCGCCAGACCCGCCGCUUCUACAUCCAACUCAGCAACCCCAAGUUUGGGGCCCGUCUGGGCCAGCCUCAGUCUGCCACUGUCAUCAUUGGGGACCGAGAGGAACUGGACGGGACCUUAAUGAACCAGACCCUGUCAUCACCCCCACCCUCCCGGGGUGACCUGGGUGCCCCACAGAACCCCAAUGCCAAGGCCGCGGGGUCCCGGAAGAUCCAUUUCAACUGGCUGCCCCCUCCUGGCAAGCCGACAGGGUACCGGGUGAAGUACUGGAUCCAGGGUGACUCCGAGUCCGAAGCCCACCUCCUUGACAGCAAGGUGCCCUCGGUGGAGCUCACCAACCUGUACCCGUAUUGUGACUACGAGAUGAAGGUGUGCGCCUACGGGGCACAGGGCGAGGGCCCCUACAGCUCCCUCGUGUCCUGUUGCACCCACCAGGAAGUACCCAGCGAGCCAGGGCGUCUGGCCUUCAACGUCGUCUCCUCCACGGUGACCCAGCUGAGCUGGGCUGAGCCAGCUGAGACCAACGGCGAGAUCACAGCCUAUGAGGUCUGCUACGGCCUAGUCAACGAGGACAACCGACCCAUCGGGCCCAUGAAGAAGGUGUUGGUGGACAGCCCCAAGAAGCGGACACUGCUCAUUGAGAACCUGCGGGAGUCCCAGCCGUACCGCUACACGGUCAAGGCUCGCAACGGGGCAGGCUGGGGGCCAGAGCGGGAGGCCAUCAUCAACCUGGCCACCCAGCCCAAGCGGCCCAUGUCCAUCCCCAUCAUCCCGGACAUCCCCAUCGUGGACGCCCAGAGCGGGGAAGACUACGAAAGCUUCCUCAUGUACAGCGACGACGUGCUCCGCUCCCCGGCCGGCAGCCAGAGGCCCAGCGUCUCCGAUGACACUGGCGGCGGCUGGAAGUUCGAGCCCCUGCUGGGGGAGGAGCUGGACCUGCGGCGCGUCACGUGGCGGCUGCCCCCGGAGCUCAUCCCGCGCCUGUCGGCCAGCAGCCGGCGCUCCUCCGACUCCGCCGAGCCGCCCCGCGGGCCCCCGGACGACGGCGCCGCCGAUGGGGGCGCGCGGGGCGCAGGCGGGGAGGGAGAGCACCUGGUGAACGGGCGGAUGGAAUUUGCCUUCCCAGGCAGUGCCAACUCCCUGCACAGGAUGACCGUGAGCAACGCCGCCUACGGCACCCACCUGAGCCCACACCUGCCCCACCGCGUGCUGAGCACGUCCUCCACUCUCACGCGGGACUACCACUCGCUGACCCGCACGGAACACUCACACUCGGCCACGCUGCCCAGGGACUACUCGACCCUCACCUCCCUCUCCUCCCAGAGCCUCCCUCCCAUCUGGGAACAUGGGAGGAGCAGGCUUCCGCUGUCCUGGGCCCUGGGGUCCCGGAGUGGGGCUCAGAUGAAGCGGGUCCCCCCCUCCGGGGACUCAAGAGACUCUAUAAUCCUGGCUGGACAGCCAACAGCGCCCUCUUGUGGUCCAGGUUCCCGCAUGGCUGCAGGUGUGCCCAACACACCCACCCGUCUGGUAUUCUCAGCCCUGGGACCCACAUCUCUGAAAGUGAGCUGGCAGGAGCCACAGUGUGAGCGGGCACUGCAGGGCUACAGCGUGGAGUACCAGCUGCUCAAUGGCGGUGAGCUGCAUCGGCUCGACAUCCCCAACCCCAGCCAGACUUCAGUGGUGGUGGAAGACCUUCUGCCCAACCACUCCUACGUGUUCCGCGUGCGGGCCCAGAGCCAGGAAGGCUGGGGCCCAGAGCGCGAGGGUGUCAUCACCAUCGAGUCACAGGUGCACCCACAGAGCCCACUCUGCCCCCUGCCGGGCUCUGCCUUCACUUUGAGCACGCCCAGCGCCCCGGGCCCACUGGUGUUUACCGCCCUGAGCCCAGACUCGCUGCAGUUGAGCUGGGAGCGGCCACGCAGGCCCGACGGGGACAUCCUCGGCUACCUGGUGACUUGUGAGAUGGCCCACGGAGGAGAGCCGGCCACCACGUUCCUGGUGGACGGCGACAGCCCUGAGAGCCGGCUGACCGUGCCGGGCCUCAGCGAGAACGUGCCCUACAAGUUCAAGGUGCAGGCCAAGACCACCCAAGGCUUCGGGCCGGAGCGUGAGGGUAUCAUCACCAUCGAGUCCCAGGAUGGAGGCCCCUUCCCACAGCUGGGCAGCCACUCGGGGCUCUUCCAGCACCCAGUGUCAGGAGAAUACAGCAGCAUUACCACCACACACUCCAGCACCACUGAGCCCUUCCUACUGGAUGGAUUGACCCUGGGGUCCCAGCACCUGGAAGCAAGUGGCUCCCUCACCCGGCAUGUGACACAGGAGUUUGUGAGCCGGACGCUGACCACCAGUGGAACCCUCAGCACCCAUGUGGACCAACAGUUCUUCCAGACCUGAGCUCCCCGUGCCCACCCCCGCCCCACCUCCUGUCCCUGGUGCUGCCUCAGCUUCUCCAUCCUUGGAUGCCUGGUGGCCCAGCCCACUCGCAUGCCCAUCACAGGGCCAGGGCCUCUGGCCACAGAACAGGGGGUAGGUGUCCUCUGGGAGCCACGAAGAAGGCAGAGGUCCUGGAAGGCUCUUCUGGCUGCCCUCCUGCCCCGGGCCCAAGCCCAUUUGUAACCAAAGAGCUGGGACCAGCAUGACAAGGUCCCAGCUUUGUUCUGCACUUAAUAAAGGAUUUUGCUACCGCUUG